AGCUUCAAUAAAAACCAUGGCAUUCUCUUUAUUUUCCACUACUUUCUUCUCCGUCCAUCCCGAACUUAGGCAUAUUGUAGCCAAAAUGACUCCGCUUGACACACUGUUGUUCUAUGUUAUACACAUUGUAGACAAACUGGAUUUGUGGCACAAGCUACCAGUAUUACUGGGAGUUGCUUACUUGGGAAUCAGAAGGCAUUUGCACCAAAGAUACAAUCUUUUUCAUGUGGGACAAAUCAAGGGUCAAGAUUAUGAUACAGAAGAGUAUUCAUAUCGAACGGCUGAUGGGACUUGUAAUCAUCCUAGUGAUGACAUAAUCGGUAGCCAAGGAACCUUUUUUGGCCGCAAUAUGCCUCCUUCAACUUCUCAAUAUGGAUUGUUGGACCCUCAUCCUACAGUUGUGGCCACAAAGCUCUUUGCAAGAAGAGAGUUUAUAGAUAAUGGGAAGCAGUUCAAUAUGAUAGCUUGUUCAUGGAUACAGUUCAUGAUUCAUGACUGGAUUGAUCAUCUGGAGGACACCCAACAGGUCGAAAUCAAAGCACCUGAUGAAGUUGCGAAUGGAUGUCCAUUGAAGUCAUUCAAGUUUUAUAGGACCAAGGGAGUUUCUACAGGUUCACCUCAUGUAAAGACUGGAUCUCUCAAUACAAGAACUCCUUGGUGGGAUGGGAGUGUAAUCUAUGGAAAUAAUGAGGACGGUAUGAGAAGAGUGAGAACUUUCAAAGAUGGGAAGUUGAAAAUAUCAGAAGAUGGACUUCUUGAGCAUGAUGAGAAGGGAAUUCCCAUCUCAGGUGAUGUUAGGAACUGCUGGGCAGGUUUUACUCUCCUACAAGCCUUGUUUGUCAAAGAACACAACGCUGUAUGUGAUAUGCUGAAGGAGCAUUACCCUGAUUUUGAUGACGAGAAACUCUAUCGGCAUGCUAGAUUGGUGACUUCAGCUGUCAUUGCGAAAAUUCACACUAUCGAUUGGACUGUAGAGCUCCUAAAGACUGAUACUCUUCUGGCAGGGAUGAGGAUUAACUGGUACGGAUUUCUGGGGAAGAAAUUUAAGGAUUUUUUCGGGCACAUAUUGGGACCGAUACUAAGUGGAUUGGUUGGUGUUAAGAAGCCAAGAGAUCAUGGGGUUCCUUAUUCACUAACCGAAGAAUUUGUAAGCGUCUACAGAAUGCACACCCUUCUGCCAGAUAAACUCAUUUUAAGGAAUAUCAAAUCAACAACUACUUCCGAAGACAAAUGCCCUCCAAUAUCAGAAGAGGUGCCUAUGAUGGAGAUGGCAGGGAAAAAUGGUGAACGGAGAUUGUCGAAAAUUGGGGUGGAGCAGAUGAUGGUGUCAAUGGGGCAUCAAGCCUGUGGAGCUAUCACAUUAUGGAACUAUCCUUCAUGGAUGAGAAACCUUGUAGCUCAUGAUGUUAAUGGAGAAGACAGACCAGACCCAGUUGAUUUAGCCGCUAUGGAAAUUUAUAGAGAUAGGGAGAGAGGAGUUGCAAGAUACAAUGAGUUCAGAAGGAACUUACUAAUGAUUCCAAUAACCAAGUGGGAAGAUUUGACAGACGACGAAGAUGUCAUCGAAGUUCUCCUCGAUGUGUAUGGAAAUGAUGUGGAGAAGCUAGACCUGCAAGUCGGUCUACAUGCCGAAAAGAAAAUCAAAGGCUUUGCUAUCAGUGAGACUGCUUUUUUUAUCUUUCUACUAAUUGCAUCAAGGAGAUUGGAAGCCGAUCGCUUUUUCACAACCAACUUCAACUCCCAAACUUACACUGACAAAGGUCUUGAGAGGGUGAACAAUACAGAAACCUUGAAGGAUGUAAUCGACCGACAUUUCCCCGGUACGACAAAGAAAUGGAUGAGAUGCUCAAGUGCAUUCUCUGUUUGGGAUUCACCACCUAAUCCAAGGAACUGCAUUCCCCUGUACUUGAGGUCUGCUACAUGAGAUGGUUUUGUGUUGAUGAGUAAAGUAAUGUCAAUGUAACAUAGGCUGAUAUAUAUAUAUAUAUAUAUAUAG